GCACAGUUGCCGAAGGUUCAAGUUCCCCUCUUCGAUGGCACCAAUGCCUCAGCAUGGGCGGACAAGUUUGAAGAAUUGGGCAGUUGCUGCGAAUGCUCGAGUGAGAAGAUGCUUCAAAUGGUGAAGCGAUAUUGUAUGGUCGAGUACAAAGAGGAGGUGUCGGAGUUGGUGCAAGCUUCGCGCGACUGGUCGGACUUCAAGGCCAAAUUAUUGGACAAGUACCAGUUGGGGGAUCAACUGCUCGAUCUGGCGGACUUACGGAAGCAGCGGGAACUGAUGAAAGAUAUGACUGGGCGAUACGAGUGGCCAAAAAUCAAGGAGAACCUGUUGGCUGGGAGCUUCGACCAGAUGCUUUACCGUCUCCUGAAGCAGCAAAAGGAGGACCUCGAGAAGGAAGGGGUAAGCGCGGACAAGGAUCAGGCCGUUUACAAGACCCUGACUGACAUGCGGAACAUGAUGGCUGACAUGAAGGAGGAAAGGUUAAAGCUACAAGUGAUGAUGGUCCAGACAAAAGGUGGAAAGAGGAAGGGGAAAACACCCGCUGUGGAGGAAGUGAGUGGUAGCAGCAGUGAAGAGGAAGACGAGGAGGAAGAGGAGCCUCCUCGAAAAUUGACCAAAGCAGAACGGAAGGCCCUGAACCAGAUACGAGGAGGGCAGGGCACUAGUAAGAAGCAGCGGAAGAAUUAUGGAGGAGGUGGACAAGGAAUUAAUCAGGAACAGGCGGCUCCAGCCGCUCCUCAGCAACCCCAAUCUCAGGCAGGAGGCCGAGGCCGAGGUCUAGGUAGAGGACAAGGCACUCGGGGAGGCCGAGGAAAUGGGGGCGGCCGAGGCAAUUGGCAGAAUUGAGACGGCCAAGGAGAUCUUACUGAUGUUACCGCAUCACAGCCUGGAUCGUCAUCGGCAGGGCAUUUGAUGGCCACCACGGUUUUGUCCCGUCCUGCUUUCAAGCGACCUGCCACUGCUGGUCUCCCACAAGCUCGGAGGGCUCGAAGGCCGUCGCGGCCAAGGGCAGCGCCAGAAGAAGGACCAAGUCAUCCUCGAAAAAUCGAGACAGUUUCAAUUCAAGAAGAUGAUGGUGAGGAGUACGAAUUGUUGCGGGCCGAGGAUGAGCGGCAGGCCAAACAACGGGCCAUGGAGAGGGAGCCAGAAACGGGCAAGGCCGAUAUUGGGGAAGGUGAGUUGAAAAAGAAGAAGCAAGUUUACACGAUUCCGGCGACUAUCUURGGCUUCCUGUGCGAUGAGAAGGRCCGUCGGCCAGAUUCCAAGAAGACAAACAAGAUUCUGGAAUGGCCGACUCCKCUUAAGUCCAUCACURAUGUGCGYAGUUUCUUGGRGACUUGCGGAUUYUGRCGCAUCUUCAUUCSCAAGUUCGCAGCAAGGGURGAGCACCUACGGAAGUUGGUGCGUAAAAAUCAGGAAUGGGAAUGRGGUCCAAAGCAGCAGGCGGCAGUUGACGAUAUCAAGGCACAAUUUCGAGAAGGAGGAUUGAUCCUGGGGGUUCCAGRCUUUGACAAUGACCCGAAUCGGCCCUUUGUGGUUGAAACGGAUGCAGGCCCCACAUUGGGUGGUGUCCUCAUCCAAAAGGAUGGAGAAGGGCGAGAAAGGCCAUUGAGAUUUGAGAGUCGAACGCUGAAUGAGGCGGAAAGGAAAUAUUCUCAAUUUAGGAAGGAAACCCUUGCAGUGCUUCAUUGUUUCAGGAUCUUCCGAAACUACGUGUUUGGGAGACGGUUCGUCCUGCGGGUGGAUUCGACUGCCCUGGCGCAGUCACUGAAGAAUUAUUCUCCCUCGGAUCCAACUAUUGCUCGAUGGUUGAUCUAUAUCUGGAUGUUCGAUUUCAAGAUCGAGCGUAUUGUGGGGACGCAAAAUCGAGCCGAUGGAUUGAGUCGGAUCGAGUGGGACUCCUCGAAAGAUCGAGCAGAAGACUUUGUUCCUGUGGAUGGAUUUCUGGAAACAGACGAGCARCAGUUGAGUAUCAAUKUUUGGGAGUAUAUUAACAAUGCUUCGUCCCGACCUGGGAAGUCUAUCUGGAGUUCUCCGAGUUGUUAUCAGAAGCGUUCAAACUUGUGAUGAGAGAGCCCUUUACUGAGGAGGAUCCCUGGGGCGAACGGUCCGCGGAACAAAUGAUGAGGUUGGCA